UUUUCCCUUGGCGGUAAUGCAAGUUGUUUGCCAACCGCCUUGAAAACAGAAGAAGAAGAGAAGUCGUUUUUUUUUUUUUCCUAUAUGGGAAGUGAAGUCGCUGGAACCUGAAACAAAUAUUCGGUCAUUGCGCAUAUUUUUUAUGGCGACGUUGUUAGAGGGACUAACAACACAGUGACCCAAACAUCGCUGUCAUUGAUGGAUGUCUGUUUACAGCCAGAGUUUUGGCGUGCCUGGUUGUGAUCGGGACUCAUCGUCGGGGGCAUGAGAAAGGAUGGAGAGCUGCAAGCAUGUUUUCCAGAUCUCUGGGAUCAAAAUGCAGGAUAAGAAGAGAGUUUUGAUUGAGGGCAUUUACCAGCUGGGUGGAAAAUACAUUGGUGGCUCAGUAUAUAAGGACUGCACCACUCAUCUCAUUAUCCCAUCGGUUUUACCCAGUGAGAAGUUUUUGGCAGCUUGUGCAGCAGGAAAGUGGGUUGUGACUCCUAACUAUGUGUUAGAAAGCAUGAAGAAUGGCUCAUGGCUGCCCGAGGGACCCUAUGAAGUGGCCAUUUUUACAAGCUCCUCAGCUUCCUUUUACCCAGUCAGACAGUGGAGGGAAAAGGUGACCAAAGGUAGAAUUACGGGUGCUUUCCAGGGCUGGAGAGUGCUUCUCAUGGUCCAAGAGCCCACCAGAAGAGCCAUGUUCAAACGGCUGCUGAAAGCUGGCAGGGCAGAGGUGUACAACUGUCCUCCACCUAUCUACACAUCCAUCACUCAUGUUAUGGCGAAACCUGUUACGGAGAAAUCAAAAUCCCUUAAUGCACCUUGUUAUCCUGUGAGCCACAUAGUCCAACACCUCUUUGGGAGCAAUCGGGUAACUAUGGAUUUCAGCAAAAUGGAUGAUCAUCUGUCCGAAACAAAAGCCAGUUUUCUUGAUGGCUUCUCUAAUUUGGAGGCAGAACUCAGGAGCUUUGCUGUCAAAAAAGAGGGCCGGCCCAGACUGUGCUUCCUUGAAUUUCUAGGUUACCAUGACCCUUGUCGUCCCCACACACAGGCAAUUGUAGCAGACUUAAGCAACGUCGGUAGUAUGAUAGAGUGCGGCCUAUUCAGCGAGGCCUUGGAGUCAAUCAGAAGCGCUGUGUUUCCAGGCCUGUUGCCACCAGCGACGUACCUGAUCUCCCUCUUGGAGUACGCACAGCAGGGUAACGCCACGUCCUUCUUCCUAACAAAUUUCCAUCAGGUUAUGGAAAACCUGCUCAUUACCAAUCCUCCGUGGCUGGCUCCCUGUGCAGUGAAAAAAUACUAUGCCCAAGUGCUGCAGUGUCCUCAGUGCAAGAUGGGCUUGUGGCCUCUUUUAGAGACAGCUGUCAGAUACUGCAUGACGAGCAGCGACACCUGUCACCCACACCCUGAACCCACCUUGCCAGCCUUGGUGCAGUUCUACUGUGACAUCCUUGCACUUUGCCUCAAGCUUCUCAAAGGUGAACUUCACUCUGUCACCAGCAAAGAAUUUGUGUUCCCUCAGCAAGCACGAGCCCCACCUGCAUCAGCUUCAAGUUCAUUGCUGUACGGAACCUUCUGGACCGUGUGGGAACGAACCACACUGUUGUCCCGCACUGUCAAGAAACUUCUUCAGCUCCUAACAGAAGCUGCCAUUAUGGACUUUGCUGAGGGAGCAGAGAAGCAGGAGCUGUAUUUGGCAGACACUCUGCUGGAUCUUCUGUCUGUAUUGGUGGAGUUUUGGUGUCAGCAGCACUUUAAACUGAAUCAGAGCCUGGUGGAAAAAGGACUCAAGGACCUGUCAGAGCACCUUGCACUUCUUAGCCAGGAUGUAUCUCCAGCUGUUUUAGUAGAGCUGGUUUGCAAAGUUCGCUCCACCAGGCUGAGGUUGGUCAUAGCAGAUGCAAUCUUCAGGAAUCUCUGCUGCAGAAAUGGGUUCACUAUUGGAGAUGAACCUCUCUCUCUAAAGAAAAUGGUGUGUUCUUAUCUGCCCGCUCUGGGAACUUUAGCUCAGAGUCCCAGCAUCACUUCCUACAAGACUGGGAAAACAUCCCACAGCUGCAGGAGUCAGGGGACCAGCAGAACCGAUAACCCAAUGGUGACUGAAACAAGCCCCGAGCGAGAAAACACCCCUAGAGGCAUGAACAGAGUAAACGCAGCAGGAGAGACCCUCCUACACAGAGCUUGCAAGAAGAACCAAGUGGAAAUGGUGCUUCAGAUCCUGGCGCUUCCUGGCACAGAUAUAAAUGUUAAAGACCAUGCAGGCUGGACUCCUCUCCAUGAAGCAUGCAACCAUGGCAGCACUGACUGUGUGAGAGCAUUGCUGCAUCACCGCCCCGCCCCUAUCCUCACCGACCAGGUCGGUGGAGUUAGUCCGCUGCACGAUGCCCUGCUGAAUGGACACUUGGACAUUGCUAAAAUGUUACUGGAACAUGCAGGCUCAGUUCUUCUACAGCAGACUGAUGGAGACGGACAGGCUUCGCUGGAUCUGGUCUCUGCGCUGAGUCAGAGGGAGGAGCUCCUCCGCAGCGCUCAGGUUGGCGACUUGGCCCACAUGAACAAAGACAAAACUGAGGUUUUGAACCUUCCUCUCCUGGAGGCUGGAUCUUGUCUGCUGGGCCAUCUCAUUUUCUCCUACCAGGUGGAUAGGGGUCUGCCUGGCCUCACACAGUCGGGGGACAAGCCUCGCAGCCUGGUUUACAAGCUGGUCAGAGCAUUGGAGACGCACUCCCUCCAAAAAGUGACUUUAGACUGGACAGAUCAGCGGGCAGUGAGGCUGGCGGAAGAUGUGGAGACAUUGUUGAAGCUGAGCCGAGGAGAGCACAAAGAACAGGUGUCUCUAGCUGUGAAGGAGUGCAGAGGAGAGAAAACGGUCUUCCUGAUGGAAACACUGGAGAACCUCUUGGCAAUGCACUAGUUGCUGAUUUGUAAGAAAAGAUUAAUGGUCUGGAAAAUAAUUCUACAUCUUGUCUUUGAGGGUUUUAUAUAAUGUUGCAAUCCCUGUACCCACUGACCCUGGUUUGUACAUGUCAGUAUAAUAUUGCCUUCAGGUUCUUUGGUAAGCUUUUGAAGUAAUUUCUACAGAGCUGUCAUGUUUUACUUGUUAAUAACUGUAAGAGUCUGUGUUUCGUUACAUUAUUUGGCUUAAUAUAUAUUUUUCAAACAUUUAUUGAAUAAAACAAUAUUUAUUUUUGUUUA